CAAUAACAAUCAGAACAUGUCGGUGUUAGCAGUCGCCGUGUCUUUGUUGCUGUGUUUAGCAAAAGUUCUAGCACAAUGCUCUGUGGAUGUGAGCUAUGACUUAGCUAGCACCUCACCAACCACUGGUGUGGGAUACAUGGAAGAGAGUCCUGUGGGCUCUGUUACGUUUUCUGGCUCAGGUGCAACCUUCACUGGUACCGGCAUGCUGAAGAUGUACAAGUUCUCCGCCAUAGACUGGCGCGGGAUUCACAGCCUCUUGUUUAACUUCCAACCAACGGACCCGACCCUUGUCGCAGAGGUCAGUCUCAUGACGAAUGACGUCAACGACAACGCCGGGAGCUUCAUGAUUACGUGGUCAGCCAAUCAGGUCAAGCUUAAAGUAUCGCUGCGCUUGUGGAAUACGACCACUCUCCAGUUCGACACAAGAACAGACGUGCAGACUAUUACUGGUUUGGAUUUGACCGUGAUGACAAACGUUCUGGUGACGAUUGAAAGCUCGGUGAUUACAUUCCAGGCAGGUCCGCUGACUGUUGGAGGCUACCCUACUCCAGUAACAAUUGCACUGAAACACGAUGAACAUAUUGAGAUUGUCGGAUGGGAUCCGCUGAUUUUCGGAAAAGGGACUGCAACACCCUUUUCCGGUGUGCUUCAGUCUUUCACUCAUUACAACUGCAUACCAAUUGGCUUCUUCUUCUAGAUGUCAUAGUAGUUGACCAAUGACCUUGCACCAGAUGCCGUUGGAAGUACAUGAAGUUGAC